AUGCUAUCCCAGGAUGAAGAAAAGGAUGCAGAUGUCGAGGUCAAUUGGGAGGAUCAGCAACGCAUAAACACAUUUUCUAAAACGAAUACUCGUUUCCAGAAUCUCCAAGAAGAACUGGAAGUUGCAAAGAAAGAAAAGGAGGCUCUGGAAGAUAUCACCACCGAGUUGGAGCUUGCGGAUGAAGACCAGCCUGUCUUAUAUCGAGUAGGAGAGGCAUUUGUUCACCUUCCAUUGGAUCAAGCCCAGAAACGCCUAGCUGCAGAUGCAGAAGUCGUGGAGGCAGAGGUGGCUCGUCUACAAGAUGCCCUAGAUAUGUGUCAAUCGACGAUGAAAGAGCUUAAACUACAGCUCUUGUGA